GAUGUGUUAGAGAAGAUUAUUCGUAUAUUAAAGUUACAUUUUAUCUUGAAGAUUUCUAUGCAAUUUAAAUGAUGCAAACAGUUCUGCAUGUCUGAUUGUAAGUGUCCAAGGGCUUGACAAAGUCCUACUGUUACGGUCUGUUGGCAGAAAUUUCAACCAGUGCCGAUCUUUCAUGGAUUCCUGCAGAUUUGAUCAUCCCUACAUGCCAAAACAAAUGCUUUCAAAGAGCCCUGCAUAUUAUUGAACUGAAGCCAGUCUCGUCCUCUCUGCAGAUCUCCUCCCAUGAGAGAACACUGUUGUGAUGGCAGAGGGAUCUGAAUUUGACCUGGACUACAUUACAGAGCGUAUCAUUGGCAUCGCCUUUCACCAGUCCUGCACAGAGCAGACGUACCAGCACAACCUGCAAAGCAUCAUGCAGAUGCUGCAGUCCAAACAUGCUGAUCGAUACAUGGUCAUCAAUUUAUCCGAACACAGUGAUGAUCUCAGCAGGAUGAAUCACAGGGUGGUGGAUUUGGGAUGGCCAGAGCGACAUGCUCCUUCGCUCCAUCUGCUGUGUUCGGUGUGUAAAAACAUGGACAACUGGCUUAGGACAUACUCUGAAAAUGUGCUGCUGCUACACUGCAAAGGCAGCAAAGACAGAGUGGGUGUGGUAAUAUCCUCUUACAUCCAGCUAUCUAAUGUUUCCACCAGUGAGGAACAUGCAUUAGAUCUCUACUCCAUGAAGAAGUUCUGCAGUGAUAAAAUGGUUAACCUUAUGACUCCAUCUCAGAAAAGGUAUGUGCAGGUGUUUGGCAGGCUCCUUACCCAUCAGAUCCGCAUAAACUCUUCCCCGCUCUUCAUCCAUGGCAUUAAUAUCCAUCCCAUUCCUGACUUCCACCCUACAGUGUGUCAGCUGUUUAUCAGAGUGUAUCUAGACACACAGACAGUAUACACAUCAGGAUUGCAGCAGGUUGCCGUAGGUCAGACAGAAAGAGUGUGUUUUGUUCUGGAACCCCCACAGAUGCUCAAAGGUGAUUUCAUGAUUGCGUGUUAUCAUAAAAAUGAUUCCAUGAGGACUCAUGAGACAGUGUUUCGUGUGCAGUUCCACACCGGCACUCUGUGUGGAGACCAACUUUCUUUGCAGAAAGAAGACCUUGAUCAUGCAAACAUAGACCCAAGAUUCCCAGAGGACGGUGUGGUGGAGGUGCUCUUUUCAGAAAUUGCCAACAGAGACCCAUCCCUUGCUUCAGAUUGUGGCUACUGGAGGAACGGUUCAGCAGUUGUCAUUGAAAAUGACCCUCUGAAUUCACUACACGCUCAAUGGGACUUCACUGAAAAUCUUAAAGAAGCUGCCAAGCAAAAAGAAGGCACACACUCUCUGAGCAGUGACUCUGGACUCUCCAGCUCCUCCCAGUGGACUGGAGGACAAACCUCUGGGCUCCCAGUCAGCUCCAGCUCUGAGGAGCAUCCCCAGCUCCCCAGAGGGCUAAGAAUGGAGGAGGAACAACCUUCUCCAGGCAUCCUGAGAUAUGACCCUAAAGCCAAUCAAGCAGCAUUUGAUCAUUCCAGUCAUUUAAAUGGUGAAGCUAUGUUCAUAGAGCGAGAGACGGACAUUUUAGAUGAUGAUGAUGACAUCAUCGCUCCUAAUGAUGCCAUUGCUGCCGUUUCAGACUCUAAAGGCACACUGUCUUCAAAGGAAAUGUCUGGCUUGUCUUCAGGUGAAUGUCAGAACUCCGUCCAAUCAGAUGAUUGCCAAAGUGAAGCUCCUCCUGCCAUAUUUAGAGAGGAUGUGAAUUCCUCAAACACACUCCUACACACUUCAGUACCUGCUGGAUAUCAGACACAUAUAUGGGUGAAACAGCAACAAUCCACGUCUUACAUGCACACUUCAUCAGACAGACUGGAACACAGGAAGGAGAUGGAGCUCCAAAAAGGUGCAAACAAACCUUCAUUACCAGACAAUGGCUUUCCGGAGGCGCAGUCCGAGCCAGACAAGGACGAUGAGUUUGCGACACUGGCUUUGGAUGUAGAUCAAUCAAUCGAACAGCUCAAUCAGCUGAUCCUGGACCUUGACCCCGACUUUGAGCCAAUCCCCACCCAGGCAAGGAGUCACAUGACCCACUCGGCCUCCCUUCACACCAAUGGAAAGACGCACUCGGGUGGAAGGGCCAAAUCCCACCAGUCAGGUUGGAGGCAGAGACAGCUCAGUGAUGUCUCUGAAUACUCUGUGCUGCUGAGUGCAGGUAGCGAUCGAACGCAGAACAAACAGAGAUUCGUCUUUGGCAAGCCAUCUCCGCAAGGUCUAUAUCACACUGACACUGUUGACAUUGGUGACCUUCCUCCAGAGGCUGACAGUCCACUGUGGGUGGGUCUUAAUCAAGUUCAGCCCACACCGGCAUUUCCUGUGACACCCCCUACUCCAUAUGUGAAGAGUGGACAUGACUUCAUCCCUUCGAGACCUGGCUCUCAAACCAGUAGAUACUACAUGAGCUCUCCAAUAUGGCAAGGUAAUCAACUGACACAGAGGCUACAUUCUUAUGCUACUUCUUUUUAUAACUACAGUAGCAAAAUCAUGUUUAUAUCUACUUGA